UUAAGAAUUGGGUGGCUUCGAAUUAUGAUUCUCGAACACCACCAACACCACUAACUAUUGCUCAUUUGCUCUUUAACCAUAUUUUGGCUGCUUCAACCCUAUAUGCUACAGCUUUAACUACAGUUUAUAGGCCAUUCUCUUGACGGAGUUAUCCUUUUUAGGCCGCUUCAUCUCAUGGGCUGUGAUCAGAAAGCUGCAAAUCUCGCAGUUUCUCGCGUGGUCCCAGUGUUUCUUGGUCUCAUCAUUAUAUAUACUAGCUGGACGUUUACAAAGUCAUUAUGUAUCGAUUAUCUGUUAGACCCCACUACGUCAUCACGAAGAAAGGGAACGGCAAUUGGAUUAUUGGUUGCUUUCUAUAUCCUGCUGAUAGUACUUCUUGUGUCAUACCUACGAUUACUAGUUACCCUUAUAUGGAAUCCUGACUACAUACCUCGAGGACCGCAAUACAUCGAGUCUCAGGUGGAAACGGAGGCAAACAAAAGGAUGAGCAAAUAUCGAGGACGAAGGAGGCCAACUUCAGACAAAAGCAACGGCGAUGAUGAAUGGCAUGGCCUUGGGACAAUAUUUAGAAGACCCGCCGAAAAAAGCUCUUACCCUGUCGAUGCUUCUGGACUUGAAGCCUUCUACUUGAAGGACGUAUUUGUCUGCAAGGAAGAUGGUAGACCAGCGUGGUGCUCUACUUGCUACCAAUUUAAAUCCGACAGGGCUCAUCAUUGCCGGGAAGUAGGUCGAUGCAUAAGAAAAAUGGACCAUUUCUGCCCUUGGGUCGGUGGAGUGGUCAGCGAGACGUCCUUUAAAUUUUUUAUCCAGUUCCUUUUUUAUACGUUUCUUUUUACAGCAUUAAUUUUGGUUGUGUUUGCUAUAUUUGUAGCAGAACACCGCAAAGAGACUGGAAAAGUCAUUGUCCAUUGGGUUGUGGUUCUAGGAAUGAGCGCCCUGUUCUGCCUUUUCUCGUUGGGGAUGCUGGGAAGUUCCAUCCAACUCGCAUGCCUAAACUCGUCUACCAUCGAAAAUCUUGAUCGACGCACGAAAGUGUGGACCCUUGCUAUUUUGAUCCCAACUUCGCUGAAAUUUAACAGAGACGGCACAGAAUCCCAAGCCGCUCCGCCAUUUCCUAUAGUUUCGUUCUCUUUGCCGUUUGGAACAUGCUCUCCUCUGCAAAACACAUCUGACGUAGGUGGUUCCAACCUGCUGCAACGAGACUUCGCUAUCCUACAUACAAAGCCAGGAGAGAACCCUUGGGACUUGGGCAGCCCGUUGGCAAACCUUAAAGAAGUUAUGGGAUAUUCUUUUCUAGACUGGUUUUCGCCAUUGAAAAAUUCUCCCUGCACUGACCAUAGCAGCCAAGAAAGUGCCUUCCGCCUGGGUCCUGUUGUUCAACGACUCAGGCGUGAAGCUGGUCUAGAAAGCUGCAACAGUGGCGGAGAUUUUACUUCUCAUGAUACAACGCAACGGAAUAGAGGUCGAGGAAAUAAUAGAAAACCCAGCAACAGUUCCAAAAUGCCCUAUUCACAAAAGCGACGAAAACGCGAGCAAAGAUCACGAGAUAUCCAAAAGCCACCAAACACCCACGGCAGGAACCACAGCCACGAGCCACAUCGAAGUGAUUCAUCUAGAAAUAAAUGAAUCUGCAAUCCUUCGUGCCAGCACCACAACAGCAUCAGAUUCUCAAUGCUGAUGCUUGCCACUACUAUUAAUACUUUAUUUUAAUUUUUUAAUACUCUACCUGUAAUUUGUCUUUCGGUUCUUUCAGCAACCGUUCCCUAUCCUUAUGAUUCUUCCCUUUCCGGGCAAAUUUACAUACAAAGUCGCCCUAUUGGUCCGGAUUUUCUACUAGUCCCGACUAAAACACCACCCCACACGUCACCCUUUUCGACACGGUGUGGAGCCUUCUUCUUAUCUCUUCUUUACACAACUCGAGUACACCCCUUCCUUUGAAAAUAGAUAUUUUAGUUCUGCACAUGCCUUAACUCUUAUAUUAAUAAAGAACAUCCGCCCAUUAUUAUGGCCACUCAGCUACCCAAUAUGAAGUAGACUAGUCGGUUUUGCGCCGUCCACACAAUAUUCCGGCGCUUAUCGGCCGCCUGGGACCAGUUGAACCAACCAAA